CCUGCAAAGUUCCUCAUUGACUGGGUGGUCUGCAAGGGAGACACUGUUGCCAGUGCCAAGCGUGCCAUCAUCAAGGAAGUUAAUACCAGGUGUAACAUGACCCUUACACCUGAGACUGUCCGGCUACGAAAGAAGAGCUGGAAGAACCCUCAGACUAUAUAUCUUGAUGCACAGAAAUUUGAAGAUGACAUACCCCUUUACUCUAACUGGGAACUGUUCCUACAGAUAAUUGAAGGUCCUGAGACAAAGACAGCCAGUUCAGAUGAGCUAGCCUUGUUUACCAAGAGAUGGAAACCUUCAACAUAUACCACAGAUGCCAUUGCUGAGGUUAUAAUUUCCAAACCAACUGUAGAAGGACUCAGGGAAAAGCUCUCAGAAAUAUCUGGCAUUGAGGCAGAUGACAUAGAGUUUGCCAAAGGUAAAGGGACAUUCCCUUUCGAUAUGUCUGUUGUGGACAUCAACAGCGACUUGGAUUGGUCAAUACGCUCAGGUCCACUGGACCAAAGGCCCCUCUAUAUAUUAGAUGAUGGUGCUAUGGUUUAUUAUAGAGAUAAGAAGGAAACCCCUAAGGAAAUGACAGAGGAGGAGCGACGUGCUUUGGUCAACUCGGAGAACCGCCGCCUCAACCGCGACCUGCAGUAUCAGUGCCCAAGCUCAUCCACCACCUCCAGCUAUAGCACUCUCAGAUCUAAGGAGAAAGGCCUCAAGAUCUACCUCAAUCAUGAAGAGUAGAAACAAAAAUGAAUGAGAAUAAGUGAAAGGGAGUGUCUUUGGAUAUUUCUGAAAUUUACUCAACUUUUUUUAAAGAACAAGAAAAUAGUAAUAUUGCUUUAAUCAGUUACUCCUAUAUAUACAAAUUAUACUUUGUGUGUGCACGUGUGCAUGCAUGUGUGUGUGCCUAUCUGUGUUUGUCUGCAC